UCGGGUCGCCAGGGGAGCCCCGCGCCCGCCUGGACCAGGCUGCCCAGAUGCGGGCGCCACUCUGCCUGCUGCUGCUCGUCGCCCACGCGGUGGACAUGCUCGCCCUGAACCGAAGGAAGAAGCAAGUGGGCACUGGCCUGGGGGGUAACUGCACCGGCUGUGUCAUCUGCUCGGAGGAGAAUGGCUGCUCCACUUGCCAGCAGAGGCUCUUCCUGUUCAUCCGCCGGGAAGGAAUCCGCCAGUAUGGCAAGUGCGUGCACGACUGUCCCCUGGGCUUCUUCGGCAUCCGCGGCCAGGAAGUCAACAGGUGCAAAAAAUGUGGGGCCACCUGUGAGAGCUGCUUCAGCCAGGACUUCUGCAUCCGGUGCAAGCGGCGGUUCUACCUGUACAAGGGGAAGUGCCUGCCCAGCUGCCCACCAGGCACCUUGACCCACCAGAACACGCGGGAGUGCCAGGAACGAAGCCCCCGCCAGAAGAAGGGCCGGAAGGACGGGCGGCCGCGCAAGGACCGGAAGCUGGAGCGCAGGCCCGACGGGAGGCCACGCCAGCYCGGGGCGCAGUGACC